UAUAUAAUGACACUCAUUAGGCGUUUUUUUUUAUCCAAAAUUAUAUGUGUUCAUAAUUUUGGUAUCUAUAAUUGUUCAUAAUCUAGGUGGCAUGAGCAGAAGUGUGGACCCACUGUUGGACACUCUCAAUCCAUUACCAGACGACAUAAGAGAUUUUAUGGAUAACUGUUCAUUCAUUCUUCUUCUUCGAUCUUCACCAAUCUUCUUCUUAUACUCUGAAUGUCCAAAUAAUAUCAAAUUUGCCUUCAUAUACUCCUCUCCAUACUCGCUUCUCUUUCUAGUGUGUUCAAUUAUUCCAUCCAUGGCAGAAAGCAAUCAAGACCAUAAGCUCCACAUAGCGAUGUUUCCAUGGCUAGCCUUCGGUCAUAUAAUCCCAUACCUAGAGCUUGCAAAGCUUUUUGCUGGAAAGGGUCACAAGAUCUCCUUCAUUUCCACUCCCAGAAACAUCCAUCGCCUUCCAAAACUCCCUCCAAACAUAGCUCCUCGCAUCGACUUCAUCACGCUGCCGCUGCCGCACGUCCACAACCUCCCUCAAAACGCGGAGGCCACCUCUGAUCUCCCAUAUGAUGCCGUUGUUUACCUCAAGCUAGCCUACGAUCUGCUUCAAGAACCCAUAACCCAUUUCCUCAAAUCCAGGAGCCCCAAUUGGGUUCUGUUCGACUUCGCUGCCUAUUGGAUCGCCCCAAUUGCGAGUGAACUAGGGAUACACAGUUCUUUUUUCAGUAUAUCGUUAGCUUCAUCGGUUUGUCUCGCUAAGCCAACAUCACCGUCCGUCGAUAUGCAAGACGAUCGCUUGAAACCCGAAGAUUUCACCGUUCCGCCGAAGUGGGUCCCUUUCGUUACUAAAACAGUGUCGUUCCGACUCUUUGAGGUGUUGAAGAUCUUUGAUAGCGCAGUGGCAGGGGAUGACCGAAACGUUUCGGACUUUUUCCGCCUCGAAAACACGAUUAGAUCAUGUGACUCAAUAGUUGUCAGAGGCUGUCUUGACUUCGACGGGAAAUGGCUACACCUACUGGAGAAAAUCCACGGGAAACCGAUUUUCCCUGCCGGUCAGUUACCCACGACAGACUAUGAUUCGGGAGGCGAUGCCGGUACCUGGCGGUGGAUCAAAGAAUGGCUAGACAAGCAACAAAGAGGGUCUGUAGUGUAUGUGGCAUUUGGGAGUGAAGCGAAACCGAGUCAGAACGAACUUACCGAGUUAGCUCUCGGGUUAGAGCUCUCCGGGUUGCCCUUUUUCUGGGCAUUGAAGACUCGUCUUGGAGAAGUGGACACUGAGUUGCUCGUGUUACCAGAUGGGUUCGAGGAACGAACAAGAGGACGUGGAGUCGUGAACACGAGUUGGGUUCCUCAGCUCAAGAUACUAAGUCAUGACUCAGUGGGUGGGAUGUUGACUCACUCGGGCUGGAGUUCAGUAGUGGAGGCAUUUCACUUCCAGAGACCUCUUAUUCUACUGGCAUGCCAUGUGGAUCAAGGCAUUAAUGCAAGACUUUUAGAGGAGAAGGAGCUUGCGUAUUCCAUACCAAGAAAUGAAGUUGACGGAUCAUUCACAAGGAACUCAGUUGCCGAGUCACUGGUUCUGGUGAUGGUGAAAGAAGAAGGGAAGUGCUACAGAGACAAAGCCAAGGAGAUGAGUGAGUUGUUUGGAGACAAGGAUAGGCAAAACCGUUACGCGGAUAAUUUCCUGGAUUACGUUAAAUCCCACCACCAACGUCCCACAAAGUGCCAAUAAUGAGUGAAUUUCUUAUUCCGUAAUCUUAGGGAUUACAUUGUUUUUUUGUCUCACUCAUCAUUUUUAUAUUAUGACCCAGAAAAGUCUCCCCAUGCAGUGACACAGUGAGGGUUUGUGUUGGGAAAUGAUGAUUGUGAUUGAUGUUGGGGUCCUCUUCAUUGAGAGAGGCAGAUGUGAUAAAUGAUAGUGGUGGUUUGGUUGCAAGUGUUAAAUUAAUAUUUAUGUCAAAAAUAUUGGAUGUCA